AUGGUAAUGUUGAAGGACUACAACAGUUUCCCGUUGGCCAGUCAGGCGAAUCUGUUUGGAGGCUUGGAAGAAGGCCUCCUAUCGGCACGGGCGGAAGCGUUAGCAGCUGUCGAUAUGAAACAGAGUCAGUCUGGCCUUUCUCAAUUCAAACACGACAUGAUGUAUCAUCACCAUCACCCUUCGAUGACCGGACAUCCGCCUCCAAACCAUCGGAGCCAUCAAAUGAGUCACGAGAUGGACGGACUACAGAUGUUGGACCCGAUCGGAUCCUCAUCGAUGGCGACUUUGGCUCCAAUGAGCGACGCAGCAGCGGCUGCAGCCGCUGCUUCCGUUACUUCUCAUUCUCAUCCUCAGUUCCAUAGCAGUAUGUACAGUCACCAAGCUAUGAACAGCAUGAUGGGCACCCAUCCCUCGUUGACACACCCUCAUGUCGCCAUGGGCAUGCAUGAUUCCGAGUCUGACCCCAGGGAACUGGAAGCCUUUGCCGAGAGAUUCAAGCAGAGGCGCAUCAAACUCGGUGUCACUCAAGCUGACGUUGGUCGAGCCCUAGCCAACCUAAAGCUUCCAGGAGUGGGAGCAUUGAGCCAAAGCACGAUCUGCAGGUUUGAAUCUCUGACGUUGAGUCAUAACAACAUGGUAGCACUGAAGCCGGUAUUAGCAGCCUGGUUGGAAGCGGCCGAAGCGGAAGCUCGUAGAAAAGAUCGAGAUCCUGAUGGCAAUUCCGUUCUCCCGGGGGGAGAAAAGAAACGGAAACGCACUUCCAUAGCGGCACCAGAGAAAAGAUCCCUGGAGGCAUAUUUUGCCGUCCAACCUCGACCAUCCGGCGAAAAGAUCGCUGCCAUCGCUGAGAAAUUGGACCUAAAGAAAAACGUCGUCCGUGUCUGGUUCUGCAAUCAACGACAGAAACAGAAGCGGAUGAAAUUCGCCGCUCAGCACUGAUCCCCUGCCCAUAUCUAUCACAGAUAUCAAUGCUCGUAUGAAACUGAUUAAAAUCAACCCGAUAUUACAGCCCUGGGCGAUACAUGCUGGGCUACACAAAGGUACCUGAAAAAGUGUGGCCGUAGCACAGACUAUGAGUGAGAGAGAAAGAGAGGCGCAGUGUUAAUCUGUGAUGCACAUGUACAUACAUAAUAUACGGUAAAAAAGGAAAAGAGAAAGAACGUUUGAAGAGGAAAGAAAAGGAUGUCACGAUUGAACCCGAUGCUCAAGACAUCUCACGUCGUCAACCUCUUUUGUGAUCGCAUUCCCCUCUGUCUGUCUAGUCAUGCUGCCUGCAUACAAGUGUCUUCACCAAUCAUAUUCAUUUCCUUUAUCCAUGGUGGGAUAUGUGCAAUGCAUUCCUCGUCAUUUCUCCCUCUUUUACAUUUCAAUGUGUCGACCUUGUACCCGAAGCCAAAGAGCACGAGAGGAAAUCAUGUACUGUACAGGUGACGAAUCGUGCAGUCCGGUC